AGCAAUACCAUAGUUGCAAGGAGCUUUGAGACACUUCCAGAGACCGUUGGAGACUAUGAGGACGUACUCACAGUCUUGCACUUAAACAGAAACAUUGAUCGCUUGAUAGACUGUAAUAGAGCUCUAGAUAGAGAUGUCAGGGAGCGACAAGCCAAGAACUGUGAAGUUACUUUGCCCUUCAUUAUCGCAAACAGUGGCUUUCGCGGCAUGGGAUGACCAGAAACUGGACUUGGGUUCGAUAGCGAGAGCAUUUGGAUUAGAACCAUCAACGUUGAAGCUGAAUGGUCAUUUUAUUAGUAGAGGGAUUGAUCUUGUUUCCUCCUCUGUUACAUGGAGAUCUCUUCUUAACUUCUUUUCUGCUAAAGGCUUGUCUACUGGUAGAGAUGAUAAGGACGCACUUCUUGUUGAUGGCAAACUCAGUAAAUCUGGAACUAAGCGAGGACAUGACCCUCAAGAUGAUGCUACUGUUAUUAGGGAUUGUGACAGAACUGAACAGGAGAAAGCUAAUGAACUGAAUAAGAAGUUAAAGAAAAAUAAUUAUUCAGGAUUUGGGGAUGGAGACCACGGUUUCAAGAGGAAGCAAUUAUUGGAAGAUGUCAGUUUAUUCAAGAAGUUAAAGAUAAAUGAAACAGAUUCAGUUAAAGAACUUGGAGACAAAGGAAAGAACUACCUUGGUACAAUUUCAAGCAGCAAAUUGAAAUGCAGCUACAUAAGCAACGACAUGAAACGGAGGAGAGAAGAUGAGGUGAUCCUGACUGCUCCUUGCAAAAGAAUAAGAAUUAUAAGAUGAAAUUAGCAUUAGUUACAUUUUUUUCUUUUACAAAAAAUCAUUUUCUUCAAAAUGGGAACUUUUGCUUCUUACAGAUAAAAUGUGAAAGGAGCAAUCUGAAAGUUUGUAAAUCUUGUAAUAUGGAACUCACAUGCAUAUGUUAAAUGGAAUAGCCUCAUGAUUGGUUCUCUUCUUCA